AUGACUCAGAUCGAUCAACUCUCUUCAGUUCAUCCUAUUUUCAAAUCCUUUAAGAAUGAAAUACUGUUCUUCGAUCAAGUUGAGAAAUUAAACAGACAUGGAGAUGUUGAUAUUCGACAUUUAGUUGUUCAUACAGCUGGCAUCUUUCUACUUGAAACAAAACCGCUUAUUAGGACACUUUGGAUGUCAAGAGUAAUACCAUUAGCAGAUUUACAAUAUUUUCACGUAUCAAAUUCAACAUUUACCGUAAAAUCAGAAAAUGAUUCAUUUACAAUCAAAUGCAAAAUCCAUCUAAAUGUUGCAGCUCAAAUUUAUGCAUUAAGAAAAGUUUUAUUCCCUCAAAAUAAUAAUAAUUGCGUUUUUCAAAUCGAAUCAGACAUUUUACACCAAUUCGAAUCAAUCGAUAUUGAUUUUGAACCAGAGUCAAUUCUAGGCGAACGAUUUUUAGGAUAUGUUUUCUCUUCAACAAUUCAAUAUAAUGAUGAUUAUGUUAAAUCUACGUACGGAUUACUAUGUCCAGACAAUAAUGUAUUUGUUAUAAAUCCUACCAUACUGUCGAAUCCCUACAUUCUUGAAAUAAUUUCUUCAUUUUCUUGUGGAAAUGAGGUUACAGAGAUAGAUUUCGAGAAUUUCGACAUUGGACAAGUACUAGAUUGCUUCUAUAUCAUUACUCAUCAGUCAAAGAAUGUAAAAACUUUAGUUUUUCGAGGUAUGAAUUUUGAAACUCGUCUAAACGAUCUAAAGAACUUAUUUGAGAACGCUGUACUUAAUAACCUUACAGAUAUCAUAUUCGAAACAUGUCGAUUUUGCCAUCCUGACGUUCAUUUGUUUUUCGACGCAUUUAGCUCAUUAAAAAGCUGUGUAAAAUGCUUACACUUCUCGAAAUCACUCAUUACAUCAUACGCUAUAGAUUCUAUCUUCCAAAUGUUAUUCUUUUCCUCAUGUUUUCACUCAUUACAAUCAUUAUCAAUCAGAGACUUAACGAAUGCAGAAGAUUUAUCAACAGGUAUAUUCCAGCUCUUAUGUUGUGGCUGGGUUCUUAAGUCAAAAUGCAUGAAACACCUCAAUUUCAGUAAUUCGAGUAUGAACAUCGGAAAACUUCUCUCAAACAUCAAAGAUAUCGAUUGCGGCGUACUCGAGCUUAAUCUUAGUUACAAUACCUUUACGAAUUUAAGCGGAAAUUUGAUUCUUCCUGGUUUGACAAAUUUGAUAUUGAACCAUUGUACAUUUGUAAGCGAUGCACUGUAUGAAUUGUUCAGUUGUCUAUCCCAGCAAAAGCAUUUGGCCCCAUUAACCAUUGAUGUUUCCGAUGCUUUAUGCACUCCUUCGAGUUUUGCUUCGUUUUACCAAAACUCUCCGAAAUUAAUAAUCCCUGAACUUCAAACUCUCAUUUGGGAUGGAAACCAAGUCUCCGGAAAGAAUAUUGAGCCUUUUAUGAAAUUUCUGAAGAACCAACCAAACCUCUCAAAUUUGAGUCUCAAUUUUUGUUUUGAUAAAAAAGACCAUGAAACAACAUUGAUUCAAUUAUCUGAUUUAUUCAAAACAUUGAGAUUCAAUCAAUUAUGUAUUGCUGCUAAUGGAGAUCAUGGAUUUGGCCAGCCAUUGACGACAUGUUUAGAAUAUCUUUUGAAUAACUCGAAGAAUCUUCAUCUUCUUGAUAUUACUAAUCAGAGAGUUACUGACGUUGGCUUAUUCCUUGUUUUAAGACAACUUCCUCCUUCUUUAGAAGCAUUUUAUUUCGAAGGAUUUAAUCCUUCAACUGUAGACUCUAUUUGUACCAUUCUUUCUCGUGUUACACAAAGUAAUACAAUCAAGAAAUCAUUACUUCCUGAACUAGACAUUGUAAAUCUUUAUACAAAAACACCUCUUGACAAAAGAUCAGAUAUGAAAAAGAAAAUUCAUCAAGUUCGUGAAGAUUUUAUCCAUAAAUACGGAUUUCCAUCAAAAGAAAGAAUUCCAAGGACACAAUUAGAUACUUCAAUUAAUUUCCAAUCUGCGAAAUCAUCAAAACUCACUAAAGAAGUUGUUGAUAAGGAAAUAAUGAAACAAAUCAUGAAAGAAGAAUCAGACUAUAUAAUUAUUGAUGAUUAUAUGAUUUCUUAUUUCGAAGAAUUGAGUGGAGUUGUUGGAACUUGUCCAAUCAUUCCUCUCGUGAAUGAGAUGCACCAGAGAACUUCUCUCAAGAGUUUAUUGGGAAAUCUCGGUCUUAAUUAA